CUUGGGGCGGAGAGUACUUAAGCGGCUGCGGCGAAACCCGGAGAAGGCGGCGGCGCCCGGUCCCGAGACUCCCGGCUGCUUCCAUAGGAGUCCUAGGACCCUCCCAGCUCGGAUUGAGCGUGUAUCUUCGCUCCCCAGCCGAUACAGAGGCACCUCCGCCAUCGGCUCCGGUCAGCCUCGCCUCCUUCUCCUGGGACCAGCGCCGGAGCCAGGCCAGGCCAGGCCUCUGACUGGCCCCCGGAGCCCUGCGUGGACUCGCCCACGGUGACAGCGGUCUGCCCGAGAAGCUGGUCCCUUCAGAGUCGGCCUUGUGCUCGCCACCGUCACCUGCUGGUUGGAUUGCGGAAACCCACUGUCUGAAGACCACAGAAAGGAAUCGCCGACCACCCAGAAUCGGAUGCGUGUGGACCUAAAUCUCCCGUCCCUCUCUGACUUCCCUCUGCUCGUUUCAUCCGUUGUCUCAACCUUUCCGGCGUUUCUGUGCCCGGAAACCAUCCUCCACCACCCAGGUAGCUGGGGUGAGCCCCCAAUCUUGCUGCCUUGUACUCCAACCUGAGCCUCCGACCCAGAGACAGUCUGAACCUUACGACCCAAUUCUGCACACAUCCAGGAAGUUCUGCCUUUUCUUCUCUUUCGGUGUCUUCGAUACUCCUCAAAAUUUCUCCUCCUCCUGUGCCCUCCUCGCCCCCCUCCUUUGGGGGCCCCGUGACCCUGAAUGUCGGGGGCACGCUAUAUUCCACUACUUUGGAGACCCUGACUCGAUUCCCAGACUCCAUGCUGGGGGCCAUGUUUAGGGCUGGUACUCCCAUGACCCCCAACCUCAAUCCCCAGGGAGGCGGCCACUACUUUAUCGACCGAGAUGGCAAGGCCUUCCGGCACAUCCUCAAUUUCCUACGGCUGGGCCGCCUGGACCUGCCCUGUGGAUAUGGGGAGACAGCGCUUCUCAGGGCAGAGGCUGACUUUUACCAGAUCCGGCCCCUCCUGGAUGCCCUGCGGGAACUGGAGGCCUCUCAGGGGACCCCGGCACCCACAGCCGCCCUGCUCCACGCAGAUGUAGAUAGCAGCCCCCGCCUGGUGCACUUCUCUGCUCGUCGGGGCCCACACCACUAUGAGCUGAGCUCUGUCCAGGUGGACACCUUCCGGGCCAACCUCUUCUGCACCGACCCUGAGUGUCUGGGUGCCAUGCGUGCCCGAUUUGGUGUGGCCAAUGAGGACAGGGCGGAGGGAGGCCCACACUUUCAUCUGGAAUGGGCCCCCUGCCCUGCAGAGCUCCCCGAAGUGGAGUACAGGAGACUGGGCCUGCAGCCGCUGUGGACUGGGGGGCCAGGAGAGCGACGGGAGGUGGUGGGCACUCCGGGCUUCCUGGAGGAGGUGCUGCGGGUGGCCCUGGAACAUGGCUUCCGUCUCGACUCCGUCUUCCCUGACCCCGAAGACCUGCUCAACUCCCGAUCUCUGCGCUUUGUCCGGCACUAGGAACUGAGAACUAGGAAUGCUGCCUUCAGUUUGACUGUGUGGGCGAGGGGGGGGUUAGAAAGAAUGGGUCAGUAAAGAGGGUGAAGUCUC